AAAAUAGACGCACCCAAUCCUGCCUUAAUCAAGCUAGGAAUUUGCCAUACGAUUUUGUAUAAUAAUCAAACCCUAUAAUAAUCAUAUACACUAGAGAAAAUGGGAAGUGCUUGUUCUUCGACCUCUAAUGUUGCCGAAAAGGAAAAAGUUGAGGAUGAACCAAAGACUCACAGAAGUACUAAGAAGGAAUCAUUCAAGAAGGAGCCACCAAAGGAACAAAAAGAUCAUGAUGAUAACAAAUCAACCACCUCAUCUAAAUCGAGUAAAUCAGGAAAACAUAAACCAGCUAAGGUAGAGGAACAGGCAGAAGAAGUGCAAGCUGAAGAGGAAACUACAUCGGAGAAAAAACAAGAAGAAACAAGUGAAUGUGGAUCGAAUUCACCUCCAAAAAUUGAGGAAAAGGCAGAAAUUGAAGAGGAAGCUGAAGAAGUUGAAAACAAGGAAGAAGAAGAUAAGGAGGAAAGUGAAGAGGAAGCCGAAGAAGUAGACAAUAAGGAGGAAGAAAAUAAGGAAGAAGAGGCAAAUGAGGAAGAAGAAGAGGAAGCUGAAGAAGUAGAAAACAAGGAGGAAGAAAAUAUGGAAGAAAAUGAAGAAGAAUCAUCUGAAAAGGUAGAAGAAGAUUUGGAAAAGUUACAGGAAGAUAUUGAAAAGGUUGAGCAGGCUCUCGAAGAAGCUGAAGAACAACUUGAUGAGCUUGAAAAGGAAGAAGAAAACCAAGAAGAAGCCAAUGAAGAAGCAGAAGAACAACAGGAAGAAGAGCAGGAAGAGAAGGCAGCUCUUGAUGAAGAGGAAGGAGAUGUAAUGCAACCAGAAGAUGACAAUAUUCAAGGUCUUGACAACCAAGAAGAUGAACAAGCCGAAGCUGAACCAGAAGCAGAAGUUCAGGGUGGAGGUGACGAUGAAUAAACACUACCAGGUAAGCU